AUGAAUAUAUCAUACCAAACGCUAGAGGUAUUUCUUAGCCAUGGAUGGGAUAUAAAUGCGCCACUUUACUCAAGCGUUCCCCCAGCCCUUGCAUUUUCCUUCCAUGAUUUUGACUUAACACGUUGGUUCCUUACCCAUGGAGCGGAUCCUAAUCGGCGAUACGAUGAAUAUGCGGAUCGCACACCACUGUCAAUCGCAUUUGUCGAGGCCUCGUUUCCAAUAAUUGAGCUUCUUCUCGACCACAAUGCAUCUUUACAGCACGGCCAGGUAAUACAUUAUGCGGCAAUGCGCGAAUCGGAUGACCGACUGGAAACUAUUCGCUAUCUACUAGAUCGUGGUCAUCCAGUAAACGAUAUUAUGUAUCAAAACUGUGGCGAUGAGUAUUACUUCCAUAUGUAUAGCGGAAUAGGGGCACCUCUUCAUUAUGCUGCCGGAAAAGGUUUAUUGGAUUCUGUCAAGCUAUUGGUUCAACGUGGGGCCUCGCCCUGGAUCAGGGAUCCUCUGGGCCAAACGGCUGCUGAUUGGGCCAAGAGAAACGGUCAUCUAGCCGUGUUUGACUUCCUUCACCCCUUGUCCAUUGACCCAGAAGACAAGCCCCAGUUCACUGACGCACCCGGGCGUCAUUUCAGAACUACACCACUGGAGGAUGUCAUUGUUAAAAACGGCUUCCGACUAGUUUAG